AUGGGUGCCGUUGUUGCAGCUACUUCUAUUGUUUCGGGAGCUUUGUAUCAACCUCAAUUACUUCCAAUUGAUGCCAAAUAUCCAUUUAGGAUUAACUUUCAUCCAGUGGUUGAUAUUAUUUAUUUUUUACAAAUUUUAAAUGGAUUCCAAGUUGGCAGUAUUACUGUCAUUGAUACCCAAGUUGCUCUAUUGUUGUGGUUUUCGGUUGCUCGACUGGAUAUUCUUAGUAAUGAAAUAAAAACUGCCAAAAAUAUUCUGCAACUCCGAGCAUGUAUUCAAAAACAUCAAUAUUUGUUAUGGCUCAUUGAGGAAAUAAUUAGAACCACUCGAUUAAUCAUUCUAACUACAGUCAUUAUGUGUAUGAUGUCUAUCAUUCUUGGGAGUACCCAUAUUUUAGGAAAUGAUUUAAUUGUAAAAUUACAAUGCAUUUCUACUGCUUUAGUGCUUACUUUUAUAUUGUAUAUGAAUGCUUAUCCAGCAGAAUUUUUGAUUCACGCAUGUGAAAGUAUUGGAUGGUCAGCUUGGUCAGCUUUUGAUUUAUCUGAAAGUGAAAAAUCGUCGGAAUUCAAUAGGAAUUUAAUUUUUAUUAUUCAAAAGUCUCAAAAACCAUCACUAAUUAAAUUUCGAGGAAUUUUGCCCGGCCUUUCAUUAACAUACUACAGAGCGUUUUUAGCAAAAACUUUUUCAUUUUUUACAACUUUAAGAGUAUUUCUUAAUAAUAUUGAAGAUGAUUUGAACAUUAUUUUCUUAUUGAAAGAUAACAGAGUGAUCGAAAAAAUGAUUAAUGAUUGGAUACGAGCUUUAUCUUCACAACUGAAGGAAAAAGAAGAAUAUGAACCAGUAGAUUUUCUUUAA